CUGGCCCUUUAUCGGGACGCAUUUUCCGAGCGUUGCAGCUGAGCAGGUGCAGGUGGUUACCCCCCGCGGGCACCGUGACGUACAGCGAUGAGAGUGAAGAGGGAGCGGCCGGGCCCGCUGCGCUGGCUGCGCCACCUGCUCGACGAGCUCCUGGUGCGAAUCCUCAGUCUGAGCCUCUUCCGCGUCAAGAGCAAGCCGCCUGCUGCAAGCUUUUCCGGGUUGGAUUCUUCUUCCGUUACCAAAUAUGUGCCUAUUCCGAGGGUUAAGGGCCUGCCAGUAGUCGGUACCCUUCUGGAUCUAAUCGCCGCCGGAGGAGCCACGCACCUUCAUAAGUACAUCGAUGCCCGGCACCGGCAGUAUGGACCCAUCUUCCGGGAGCGACUGGGCGGCACCCAAGAUGCAGUGUUCGUAUCGUCAGCGAAUCUGAUGCGUGGAGUCUUCCAGCACGAGGGUCAGUAUCCGCAGCAUCCGCUGCCGGAUGCCUGGACUCUGUAUAACCAGCAGCAUGCCUGCCAACGUGGAUUGUUCUUCAUGGAGGGCGCCGAGUGGCUGCACAACCGACGCAUACUUAAUCGCCUGCUGCUCAACGGAAAUUUGAAUUGGAUGGACGUGCAUAUUGAGAGCUGUACCAGACGGAUGGUGGAGCAGUGGAGAAGUCGCACCGCUGAGGUUGCGGCGAUUCUGCCUGAGGAGGGUGGCGAGAUCCGAAGCUACGAACUUCCCCUUCUGGAGCAGCAGCUCUACCGCUGGUCUAUAGAAGUACUGUGCUGCAUAAUGUUUGGCACCAGCAUCCUCACCUGCCCCAAAAUUCAGUCCGCCCUGGAUCACUUUACCCAGAUCGUACACAAGGUUUUCGAGCAUAGCUCGCGGCUGAUGACAUUUCCGCCACGAUUGGCUCAGAUGCUGCGCCUGCCAAUCUGGCGCGAUUUCGAGGCCAAUGUGGAUGAGGUCCUGCGCGAAGGAGCUGCCAUUAUUGAUUACUGCAUCGGAGUGCAGCAGGAUCAAAAGCAACCGCAUGAGGAUGCCCUCUUUCAGCGUCUGCAGGCGGCAGAAGUGCCAGGCGAGAUGAUCAAGCGGAUAUUUGUGGACCUGGUCAUUGCAGCAGGUGACACGACUGCUUUCAGCAGCCAGUGGGCUUUGUUUGCCCUUUCCCAGGAGCCGCUGCUCCAGAAACGCUUGGCCAGAGAGCAAUCUACCCAUGAUUCUCGACUGCUGCACGGCCUGAUCAAGGAGUCCCUGCGUCUGUACCCCGUGGCUCCCUUCAUUGGUCGCUAUCUGCCACAGGAUGCGCAAUUGGGCGGACACUUUAUCGAAAAAGAUACAAUGGUGCUGCUCUCCCUGUACACGGCAGGUCGCGAUCCGGCACACUUUGAGCAGCCUAAUCGGGUGCUGCCGGAGCGCUGGUGCAUCGGCCAGUCAGAGCAAGUGCACCAGUCCCAUGGAAGCCUGCCUUUCGCCAUUGGCCAGCGGUCUUGCAUCGGCCGCCGUGUGGCACUCAAGCAGCUUCACUCCCUGCUGGGCCGCUGUGUCUCCCAGUUCGAAAUGAGAUGCCUCAAUGAGCAGCCCGUCGACAGCGUACUCCGAAUGGUCACCGUGCCCGAUCAGACGUUGCGAUUGGCCCUUCGGCCGCGAACCGAGUGAUACAGUCAUACACGCAUUAACAUAAUCAUAACAAUAACAGUAAUCGUAAUCGUAAUCGUAGUUUCUUUAGAUUUAUAAAAAUAUAUAAAUGUCACCU